CGCUAGAGAUGGCGUUACAACAGAUUAUCGUCAUUGGCGCCAAAUUCUAAAUCAUUUAAACUGGACACCGGUAAUCAAUCACUAUACCAAUGAUUCCUAAUUCUUUUUUCAUUUUUUAUAAAAAAUAGAUAAGAAAUAUUAGGGCCGUCUACAAACGAUGAUGAUUAUUUCAAUCUAAUAUUGUUCCAAUAUAAAUAUCUCUCGUCGUAAGAAAUCGUAAUAAUAGGUUAUAUCUACUUCACUUUCACAACCUAUAGUAUAACCUACUGUACGUCAUAUAUUUGAAACUUCACUUUAACUAUAGAAUAAUUAUAAAAUAUUUUAGAAAAAAAAAUUUUAUAUAUAUAUAAAAAAUUAAACAAAUUAUCAUGGAGGAACAGCCAUCGAAGUGCUGCAUGUACUUUGUGAAACGCAAAAAUCGAUAUUGUCGUAUGACCGUUAAAAGAGGUAACAAAUUUUGUGGAGAACAUCAACAGGAUUCAUUGAAUUCUAACGAUAUAGACAGUACUGAAAAAAGUGACAAAAGGAUAAGAUGUCCUCUUGAUCCUACUCAUACAUGUUAUCAGUCAAAGUUAUCUAAACAUUUGGCAAUAUGUAAUGUCAGAAAGAUGUUGGAUGCUCGACCAACAUAUAUAGUCCAAAAUGUUAAUUUAGAUGAAGAAACUGUAGAAAUACCACGUCUUCUUCCUCUUUCAAGACUUGAUCUUUCUGUUAUAGAUGCGAUAAUAAAAAGAAUUAAUGAAGCUUAUGAAAAGUUACCAGAAAUUUCCAAAGCAAUAUUACAUCAUGAUAUAUUAAAAGAUGCAUUAGCUCUUUCAUCUUGUGGUAAAUAUGCCAAAAAACAUUUGACACAAAAUUCAUCAUUACUAGCACAUUUAGAAAAAGCUGAACUUGUCAAAAAUAAUACUUGCUACAUUGAAUUUGGAGCUGGAAAAGGUAAUCUAACUUAUUGGUUGGCGCAAAUGGCAAAAGAAAAACAAGAUUCUUGUAUAUUGUUAGUGGAUCGUUUGAGUCAUAGGCAUAAAAAUGAUAAUAAGCUUAAAAAAGAACAACAUAAUAUUUAUAUAAGACGAAUACGUGCUGAUAUAGCAGAUUUACAACUUAGUAAUAUUACGGAAAUAAAAAAUUUUCUUAAUAAAGUUGGAAUUGCAAAACAUCUAUGUGGUACUGCAACAGAUCUUGCUAUACGAUGUUUGACACAAGCAAUAGAUAAUAAAUCUAGCGGCAGUAAUUACGGAUUAGUCAUAGCUUUCUGCUGUCAUCAUAAAUGUGAAUAUAAAUCUUAUAUUGGAAAAAAAUAUUUAGAAGAAUGUAAAUUUCUUCCAAACGAAUUUCCAAUUUUAUGUAGCAUAGCUAGUUGGGCAACUUGUGGAUUCAAUUUAAAAACUAAUACUGAAUUAAAAGAUGAAAAUAAAGAAGCAAGAUUCAGCGAACAAAAUGUGUGUUCUAAUGAACGAGAAUUAAUUGGUUAUAAAGUUAAAACAUUGUUGAAUUGGGGACGUUUGGAAUAUUUAAAAAACAUUGGUUUUGAAGGUUCUUUAUUUCGUUAUAUUUCGUCGGAUGUUUCGUUAGAGAACAUGUGUAUUGUUGCAAAAUAUUCUGUUACAUAGAUUAAGUAAUUAUAAUUAUUCAAAAUAAUUCUUAUUCCAAGAAAGAUUCUAUGUAUUAUGUAUUAAUUAAUAAAAAUAAUGAAAAUU